AGACAAGCCUCAAGCUCUGUUCAGUUCUCAGAAACAGGCCAGUCUCGACCGCAAGAGGGAGACCAGCUGCCCAUUCGCACUCCUUUCUUCCGCGGGACGAGUCCUCCGGAUGGGCUCCUUCUUCGCGCGCUGAGUAUCAGAUUGUCCCGGUUCGGAACUUCGGAUCCUCGAAGUCGCGAUACGAAGGAGCCUAUUAUGGUAGCCUGAACAAAGCAAGAAACCAGUUUGGCUUCCUUGGGUAUCGUCCUUACCUCCCUCACGCUCCUGGUCCACGCUCCUCAGAUCACCUUGGCCCCUUGACCUGCCGAAGGUGCCGACGUAGUUUUGGCUUAUUGUUUGCCGGUAGUAUGUCCACACACUCGCCCAUUCACAUUUCUGUGUAGACGCUUAGGCAGAUUCAGCCGUUCACCUGUCAAUGAUCUUGUGCUGUGCUAACGCCAGCUGGGUGAACGCAAGGACGUGAAACGCCUGAGAGGACUCUUUCGAUUUGGUCAAGGGCCAUCGUAUGUAGCCAAAGGCGCUGCACGUGUCAAACGUGGUCGUCCUUUGGCCCUCGAAUGGGGAAUCCCGCCGUGGUGGGUUUCGUGAUUGGAUUCGGUGACAGUGACACAGCGCGGUUUAGGUUCGCUUCCGUUGUUCGGCGAGCUAUAAAAGGACGCAGGUCGGGGCAGGUGGACUAGCUUGGGCGUCUUCUCCUCCUUCCUUCCUCUUCCCCAUCCCAACCAUCUUUUUUGACCCGCCGUGCGCCAUCUUAGGGCGAUCCAUCCCGCCUCCCCAUAUACAGCCUCUUGCAGAGCCACUUCUCACGCGCAGACACUCUCUCUUACUCUCAUACCUCCCCUCUGCACUGACCCACUUGCAUUCGCACUAUCACGUACACGCAUUACUGCUCUAUCAGUGAGCCACUCCUGACCCACACCGAACCUUGGAACCCAUCGCCCACUUGCACUUCGAACCAGACCAACCAGUUCUUCCUCGACCAUGGCAUUUUCUCGCUCCCUACCCUCCGAUCUCGACAAAAUGCACUUACAACCCCCAACCAUACGUCAUCCUGUGCCAUCAUCGCACUCGCCCUCCCCACUCCCACCAUCCUCGCACUCACAGCCCUCUUCUCCGGCUUCUUCGCCGUGUCCCACACCACCACCCAGCCUGCCCGUCGCGGUCGCCGAAAACAAAGUGACCAACCAGUGUCUGUUACCGCCUGAUGCGUUCGAUCCACUCAUGGCGACGUUGAGGGCCAUCGGCAAGGAUAGGUUGGAUUGCCAGCAGGCAUUACAAGGGCUCGCAGGUGUACUCGAGGAACUUAGGGAAUUGGAGAAGGAGGAAGAAGUUGAACGCGAGGCGAAAGAGAGGGAAGGGGCUGAAGAAGGCAGAGGCAGAAGGAGGCGGAGGGAGAACCUUGGUGACCAUAAUGAAAAGGACAGCCACGAUAAGGAGAUGGAGAAAGAGGUCAGGCGGCGGGAAGAAGAGGCGAUUGGGUUUGAUGCAGAUGACGAGGACGAAGAUGGGGACGAAGACGAGGCCGAGGGCGCUGUAGAAGGAAGGUCUUCUCCUGCACAUGACCAUCAUCGGAAUCGCAGGCAUCGUUUCGAUGAUCCGAAGAGGGAUGAUGGGCUUGCCAGUGAUUUCGAUGAUGAUGAUGACGACGAUUACCUCGAUGAUGGGGACUUCGACGGAGGCGAAGCUAUGGAUGUGGAUGAGGAGUUUGGAGAAGUCUUGCAUGCGCUGGAUGGGUCGUAUGAGAGGCUAUACGAGAAUAUGUGGGCUAUGGAUGAGCGAUUGAGCAGGAUCGAGCAAGAUGUGAGGGAACUGGGUGGUGCGGGGUCGAUGUUGGCAGUUGUUGAUGGACAAGCGCGAUGAGCGGGGCUCAUGCAGUUGUACCAACGAUUGUGCCGUGUGUGUUAUAAAUUAUCGCCGUAUAUAUGUUUUCUACAUCGUGGACGUUGUGUCGUCGUUGCUUUCCUUCCUGUUUUCAUAAUGCAUGGUCGUCGUUGCCAGAUGUACGUACUCAGAGAUUUGCCUCCGCUAGCCUCCUUCCCGUUUUCAUUGCCCGUUUUCCGGUCAUCGUCCUCUUUAAACUGUACGAAAACAUACACGACUUCCUCCUGGGAUCCAAGUCUCCCCCGAUCACCACCUUAUCAUCGUAGAGAACCUCUCAGAUCCCGAAUACGGUUUCUCCGGACUCGAAUUUUCUAAUAACUGUUUCUACCCGUCUUCACUCCUCAGUCUCUUCUGUAUCUACCAAACCGUGAAAUCACCAGCAUAGA